AUGCAGACUCCAGACGUGAAUUACGGUUUAGGGGACGUAUCCAGAUUUACGACUAAUAAAUGUCUUAACGACACCAACACAGUACAGUACAACGGUUUGUGGGCAGGAUUAAAGAGCCAUUCAAAACGAAGUAAAUGCGAGAAACUCGGACAAUUAACGUUGCAGCAUACACAGGCCCAAAGUGGCCAAGUUGUAAAAGUCAAAUGGGUUUAUUUAGAAGCCGAAACGACCGUAAACAACACAAACUAUUAUUGCGGCUGUGAUACCGCGGCACACAUACGAAACGCGUCUGAUACAGCAGCGACACGACACGGUAAUCGUACAUUUUGGUCGAUUUAA